CUGCUACUUCGAUCAACAUAUACCCCAGACUGUCGUAAAACUUGCACAGUUCAUGCAGUUGGUACUAUAUGCAAUCUUUCAAGGACAAGCUCACAGCUUCAACAAGUCGUACAAGUCCUUGGUAGUACCAUCAACAUGUCAGUCAACAGUUCACAGCGAAUAGCCUUGAUCGGUUUGGGAACCAUCGGCAUAUCCAUGGCAGCGCUUCAUCUCUCUCGUGAGAGCAACGUGGUUGAUGUAUUCGACACCCGACCGGAUUUCGAAGACUAUAUCCACAAGACACUGCCAAUCUACAUGAGCGAGCUUCCAUCAACGACUACUGACUCUAAAUUAAGUCCUGAUCCUCAACCACCAACAAUGUCAUUGGUAGCGUCCCUUAUCUCUUCCGGCCGUCUACGGAUUCACUCGACUCUAGAAAGCGCAUGCGCGUCGGCCACCAUUGUCCAGGAGCAGGGACCAGAGAACGUCGACUGGAAGCAGUCUGCCUGGGCCCGGAUUGAAGCAGUAGCCCCGCCUUCUGCCCAUCUCUGGACAAGCACAUCUGGAAUUGCCGCUUCCAUUCAGCAAGCUAAGACGCAGGACAAGACUCGUCUGCUUGUUGUGCAUCCAUUCAACCCACCGAAUAUCAUGCCUCUUCUGGAGAUUGUGCCGGCUCCAGGAACCUCUGCGGAACGGGUGGAGUUUGCUCGUGAAUACUUCUCUCUACCUGGGUCAAGGCAUAGGCCCGUGGUCAUCCAAAAAGAGAUUCCAGGAUUUGUGGGCAAUCGGUUGGCGUUCGCGCUACUACGGGAAGCUUGCUAUCUGGUUCAAGAAGACGUGGUAAACGCAAAGGACCUGGACACGAUAUUGAUGGCUAGUCUGGGACCCAGAUGGGCUGGGAAUGGUGUGUUUGAGAGCUACCAGCAUGGUGGUGGAGAAGGUGGAAUAGGCUCCUUCCUGGAUAAGCUUGGUGGCACCAUGCAAACCGUCUGGGAUGGGCAGGGGAGAGUAAACGUGGAGGGCGACGAAAGAACGGAGUGGAAGGAAAAGGUCGUUGCGCAAGUGAACGAAGCCUAUGGAACACUGUCUGCGGAGCAAAUCCAGAUAAAGGAGGCACGGUUGAAGGAUAUCAUAGGGAUCCAGACGAAGGAUUACAGCCGCGAUGGACCAUAAUUAUGAGGGGAACAGGCAUGAUGAUAACUCCUGGAAACUGAUGCCCGCGGGAGCUUGGUUGAUGGCGGCCUUUAAAGCCCGGGUUGUUGACCAAAGCGAUGUUUCACUGAUUCUUGGGAGUCCACAACAUGUAAUCAUUCGUGAAAUGAGUAGUCUCACAUUAUGUUUAUGAAAGUAGC